AUGAAACAACACGCGGUGGGAGCUUGGCUUGCCUCGGUAGGAGCGCUUGCCUCAUUGGCAGCUUGCUUCGAGGCUAUGUAUGGAUACGGCCAGGGGUCGGUAGCUUCAAGCUCUUCGGCUGGAGCGGUUGCCUCGGUGGCAGCUUGGUUCGAGGCUAUUGGGGACGGCAAGGCCAGAGCUUCAAGCUGUCAUGCGCAGCUUGUCCUCGGUGUACAUAUUGCCGUUGCUCGCUCGGCGCCAAUGUUCAUAACCCGGUGUGUUAUGGGGAUUGGAGCAUGGAUCCCAUGGAAAGAUUUCGGAUUGAGCGCGUGGAUCAAGUACGUGUCUGACAUGAAAGGGUUAGAGGACGACAUGAAAAUGUUAUCGAAUGGAAUCAAUCAAAGAAAAGUCGGAUGCAGAUUGGUAGUAUGCAGAUGGGAUGAAAGUUGGGAAUUUGAUGUGGAUUUGGAAAUGAUCGGAGGAGGUACGACCUUUUAA